AUGGCGGCGGAACGAAGGUGCGCUGGAUCUGAAAAAUUGCUCGCCGCUACGUUAGCGCCGGCGUGGAUGGGCCGAGGGCGGGCAGGCGAGACGGCCGCGGCGACAGGGGUUGCUUGGCCGGUGACGGCGGUGGGGUCAUGGGUGACGGUGGAAUGCGUGACGGACACGUGGAGGGAGGGGGAGGUGCCGUGGCGGAGCGACGAGGCUGUGCAGGCGGCGCUGUCGGCGGACGACUCCCCUGGGUUCGUGUCCGACGAGUGGGGCAGGGUCACCUGGACCAACGAUGCGUACCGGAGGAUGGUGUCCGGAGGGUCUCUCGAAGGCAGGUGGACUGCGGAAGAGGAGGAGCAGGUGCGAGUGGGGCUGGUGGCGAGGGGGGCAAUUCCGGCGGCGGCAGAGGCGUGCCGGGCAUUCACUUGCAGGGUUAGGGUGCACUACUCGAGGCGGCCGUGGAGGGGAAAGGCGGCCUGCUCGGCCUCAUCGCUUGCGGCGCCGUGCGACGUGUGGAGGUUGGACGGCGGUGGGAGCGCGUGGAGGCUCGAUGUAAAGGCGGCGCUAAGCCUGAGUCUCUAG